UGUGGAUUGAACACAGUUUAAAAAUGGCGCUUGACGUGGAUGUUGAUAACAGAGACAAGUACUUGUCUCUGGUUGAUAAUGAACAUUCAGCAAAUCAGUUAAAAAUGUUUCCGCAUGUAGUAAAUAUAUUCAUGGCCUUUUUGAGCUACUUAGUGACUCUCAGGGUAAUUCCUAAGCUAAAGGAUAAAUUCAUCAAAGCCAAUCUAUUCGGGAUUGAUAUGAGCAAGACAACCAGCGACAAAGUACCCGAAUCACUCGGGGUGGUUUCCGGCUUUAUCUUCUUAGUUACUAUGGUUCUCUUUAUUCCUGUGGCAUUUGGAAACAGCCUUCUGGAGAAAGAUGCGUUUCCCUAUGAUGAGUAUGUUAAAUAUAUUCUGGCCCUACUAUCAAUAUGCUGCAUGUUAUUACUGGGUUUUGCUGACGACGUUCUCGAUGUUCCUUGGAGGCAAAAACUGCUCUUGCCCACAAUCGCUUCACUGCCCCUGCUUAUGGUGUACUAUGUAAGCUUCAACACAACGUCCAUCAUAGUUCCAAAGCCGUUCAGGGAGUGGUUGGGAGUCUCCCUCGAUAUAGGCAUCAUUUAUUAUGUUUACAUGGGAAUGUUGGCGGUGUUUUGCACUAAUGCCAUUAAUAUACUGGCUGGAGUAAAUGGAUUGGAGGCAGGUCAGAGUGUGGUUAUUGCUAUUUCAAUAGCAAUUUUCAAUCUGCUGGAAUUGUCAGGGCCCUUAUGGAAGGCCCAUCAGUUCAGUUUGUACUUUAUGUGGCCCUACAUUGGCACUUCGUUGGCCUUGCUGAAACAUAACUGGUACCCUGCAUCGGUAUUUGUAGGCGACACUUUCUGCUAUUUCUCAGGGAUGACUUUUGCUGUAGUCGGAAUUUUGGGCCGCUUUAGCAAGACCGCCUUGUUGUUCUUUAUACCGCAAGUGUUCAACUUUCUUUACUCCUUUCCGCAACUUAUGAAGCUAAUCCCAUGCCCUCGACACCGAUUACCGAAGUUUAAUUCGCGAACUGAUAAAAUGGAAUGCAGUACCACUGUAUUUCAAUAUUCCGAAUUAAGUGUUCUUGGAAAGAUAGUAAUAUCAUUAUUUAGAGUGUUUAGACUGAUUCGAUGGGAGGAAAAGAACGGCGUAGUUGUUACCAAUAAUUUUACCCUGAUUAAUUUAGUUUUGCUUUAUUUUGGCCCAAUGCAUGAAGCGAAAUUGUCCACAGUGUUGUUGGGUAUUCAAUUUCUGUGUACUCUGCUGGCUUUUGUAAUUCGGUAUCCUUUCGCCUCCGUGUUUUACGAUGUGGAUUCCGUAAAUUAGGCUAAAAUGAUGUGAUUUGCCUAGCAAUUAAAGUGAGAUAUGGAUUAAACUGUUUCAAAAUAUUCUAUUUUUGCACCAAAGUUUUGAGGAAAUGUCGGUAUGCGAUGGUAUAUUAAUUGCUUUUGAUGUAAAUAGCGACACAUUAUGUUAAGGUUUUUGUACGGUAAUUUUACGUAUAUCAAUAGUUUAGUGCCUUUUUCAGCGUCCACUUUAACAUUAAAAUAGAAAAUGCGUAAGCCGUUUGGUUUAUAUCAAUAUAGAUCCUCUAAGACUCGAAUGCAGUUACCAAAAUUUAGUUCAUGUAAGUAGAGACUGUUAACACAGUUGCAAAGAGUUUUUAGCAGUCGACGCACCCUGAAGAAUGUAUUAUGUUGAAUAGAAAUGUUUGUAAAAUGA